AUGUCCGGUGCUGCACUUCGAGAGGGCUGCAGCGAUUUUUGGUGUGAAAUAAUUCUCUUCGCCCUAAGAGGAGCCAUACUGGGCAGAUCGGAAACACAGGAGUGUAUCUACUACAAUGCUAAUUGGGAAAAAGACAAAACAAAUCGCAGCGGUAUCGAACCUUGUUAUGGUGAUAAAGAUAAAAGACGACACUGUUUUGCUACGUGGAAGAAUAUUUCUGGAUCGAUUGAAAUUGUGAAGCAAGGUUGCUGGCUAGAUGACAUCAAUUGUUAUGACAGGAAUGAUUGCAUAGAGAAGAAGGACAGCCCUGAAGUGUUUUUCUGUUGUUGUGAAGGCAACAUGUGCAAUGAACGCUUUUUCUAUUUUCCAGAAAUGGAGGUCACGCAACCAACUUCCAAUCCUGUUACGCCUAAGCCACCUCUGUUCAAUACCUUGCUUUAUUCAUUGGUGCCUAUAAUGGGAAUUGCAGUGAUUGUGCUCUUUUCGUUUUGGAUGUACAGACAUCACAAGCUGGCGUAUCCUCCAGUACUCGUUCCAACCCAAGAUCCUGGACCACCACCACCUUCACCGUUGAUGGGGUUGAAGCCGUUGCAGUUACUGGAGAUCAAAGCGAGGGGAAGAUUUGGGUGUGUGUGGAAAGCUCAACUACUCAAUGAGUAUGUUGCGGUCAAAAUAUUCCCUGUUCAGGACAAACAGUCAUGGCAGAACGAGUACGAAAUUUACAGUUUACCCGGGAUGAAGCACGACAAUAUUUUGCAGUUCAUCGGUGCGGAGAAACGAGGCACGAGCAUUGAUGUCGAUCUCUGGCUAAUCACGGCGUUUCAUGAGAAGGGUUCAUUAACCGACUUCCUCAAGGCUAAUGUGGUUUCUUGGAAUGAGCUGUGUCACAUCGCUCAGACGAUGGCUAGAGGCUUGGCUUACCUUCACGAGGAUAUACCAGGGCUGAAGGAUGGACACAAACCUGCCAUCUCGCAUAGGGACAUCAAAAGCAAGAAUGUGCUGCUGAAAAACAACCUUACAGCUUGUAUUGCUGAUUUCGGUCUAGCUUUAAAGUUCGAGGCUGGAAAGUCUGCAGGGGAUACACACGGCCAGGUCGGUACACGAAGGUAUAUGGCUCCUGAGGUACUAGAAGGUGCUAUAAACUUCCAAAGGGAUGCGUUUCUGAGAAUAGACAUGUAUGCCAUGGGAUUAGUCCUCUGGGAAUUGGCGUCGCGCUGCACUGCCUCAGAUGGCCCAGUAGAUGAGUACAUGCUGCCGUUUGAGGAAGAAAUUGGCCAGCAUCCCUCCCUUGAGGACAUGCAGGAAGUGGUGGUUCAUAAAAAGAAGAGACCCGUUCUGAGAGAGUGUUGGCAGAAACAUUCU